UUGUAACUUGAGUACACAGUACAUCCCAUUGUUCCGUCAUAUUUUGUGUUCUGGGCAAGUGAACCCAGUGAAGUGAGAGCACCGGCAAGAAGUAGCAUUCAGUAACUGAUUAUAUAAGCAGCGAUGAGGAGUCUCGCUUCAUUAACACCAGUGCUACCAUUUCUACGAUCUGCAGCUGAGUCUGCAGCUACUACUUGUGGUCUCGCAUUGUUUCAAUUCGAUGCUCAUUUUCUUAUGUUCUCCACUAAACCUAACCCCAAACACCCCUAUGUUCCUCAUUUUUCCAAUACAUCUCAUGCGAGACUUCAGCAAUUACUUUAUGAGAAAUCAAAGGUUGGUUUCGAUAAACUCGAUGAUGCUCUCCAAGUGUUUGAUAAAAUGCUCCUUAUGAAGCCUAUGCUUCCUGUUCUUAAAUUUAAUCAACUGCUAGCCGCCCUCGUUAAAAUGAAAGAGUACUCUGUAGCUGUGUCUCUCUUUAGGGAUAUGCGUGUUCGAAGCAUCCCCCUUAAUAUAUAUACCUUCACUACUGCCAUUAACUGUUUCUGUCACUUGAAUCGUGUCGAUUUUGCCUUUUCACUAUUGGCUGGAAUCAUCAAGCACGGUUUUGUGCCAAGUGUGGUGACUUAUACCACUCUCAUCAGGGGCCUUAUUUCCCAAGAUAUGCUUCAAGAGGCUCAGCUUUUGUUCCAGAACCUCAUCAGAUUUCAACUUAUUCAACCCGAUGUUGUUACCUAUACAAUUAUCAUUGACGGCAUUUGCAAGAGAGGGAAUCCUUCUGUGGCUGUUAAGUUGUUCAAAAUUAUGGAGAAGAAAGGUUGCAAGCCUGAUACCGUAACUUACACCACACUUAUUGAUUGUUUAUGUAAAUAUAGGUUAGUUGAUCAAGCAUUGGGUCUUCUCCACCAAAUGACAAGGAAAGGCAUAUCUCCAAAUGUUAUAACCUACAACUCCUUAGUUCAAGGUCUGUGUGACAUUAAUCGAUGGCAUGAUGUCAAACAAUUGCUCAAGGAGAUGGAUGUUAGGAACAUUUCUCGAGAUGUUUUUACUUACAAUAUAUUGGUUGAUGCGUAUUGCAAGGAAGGAAUGAUUGAAGAUGCAGAGGAUGUGAUAGAGUUGAUGAUUCAAAGAGGCCAUUAUCCUGAUGUAGUCACUUACAGCUCACUAAUGGAUGGAUACUGCUUGAGGGGAGAGGUUGAUAAAGCUUUAGCAGUGUUCGAAAGCAUGGCGAGAAAGGGAAUACUGCCUAAUGCUCUUUGCUAUAAUAUUCUGAUCAACGGGUACUGUAGAAAGAAGAAAGUGGACAGAGCCAUAGAUCUUUUCCAACAAAUGCCCUCUGAAGGUUUAACCCCAACUAUUCAGACUUACAGUACUAUACUGCAAGGUUUUUUUCAUGUGGGCAGGCAUGUUGAAGCACGUGAAUUUUUUAAGGAAAAGAUGAUUAACCAAGGUGUUGAGUUAAAUAAAGUGACAUGUCGUAUCUUGUUGCAUGGUCUUUGCCAGAAUUGUUAUGUAUUUGAAGCACUAUCGUUUUUUCAAAUACUAGAGUCCAGUGGGUUAGUUGCUGAUAUACAGGUUUACACUAUUCUGAUUGAUGGACUAAGCAAAAAUGGACACCUUGAGAAUGCAAGAAGCCUUUUUGACAACCUUCCUGCGAAAGGUUUGCGACCUAAUGUCAAGACAUACACAGUGAUGAUCCAAGCAUAUUGUCAUGAAGGGUUAUUGGAUGAAGCAAAUGAACUAUUCAGGGAAAUGGAAGCUCGUGAUUGCUUGCCUAAUGAUGUCACAUACAACAUGUUUAUCCGCGGUUGUUUACAUAAUAAGAAUUACUAUGAAGCAGGUGUACUCAUGGAUGAAAUGUUUGGUCGCGGCUUUGCAGCAGAUGCAUCUACUGCAUCUGUUUUACUGGAUUUACUUGAUGUGCAAGAACAGGAUCCUGCUCUCCUUGCUUUGUGCAAGAAGUACUCGCCGUAGGUGUAGCGAAGGAGAGAGUUCUCAGGCAAAUGUGUGGAAGCAAAGAUGGACAUUUUGUCAAGGGGGGUUACUGGAUGAAGCUAAUAAACUUUUUGUGAAAAUGGAAGCUAGUAUUUGCUUGCCUAAUGCUACCUACAACACAGUUGUCCACGGCUGUUUUCACAAUAAGUACGGUGAAGCAAUUGUACUUGUAGAAGCAAUGUGUGCUCAAGGCUCCGCAGAUGCAUUUUAAUGUCCUUGGCCCUGGGAUUACUUGAAUUGAAAAACAGGUUCCUGCUCUUCCUGCUUUGUGUAAGAAAUUCUGGCAUUAGUUGCUUACUUGCUUCAUAUAAUUCUAAUCUGGAUUUUAAUAGCUUGAUAAUCCGCUACUAUUGUUCAGUUAAAAUCUCGAAAUAAGACCUCUAUUUCUUGUUA